AUGUGCACAGCUCAGCACAGUAGGGCUUCUAAGAAGCUGCCAGGACGAGCAACUGCAGGAAGCAGCGAGGCUCAUCCAAGUCAACACUGCGUGCCGAGGCUCCCAAGCUGUCUCCGGGACAGUGGAUUCGAGCUCCCGCGUCUUCGCGUUGCAGUCUUCAACGCGUUUAGCCGGGUCGCGCCACAUCCGGCCGCCAGUUGUUGCAAAGUUGCUUUGACGCAGACGCCAUGGUUCUUCAGCCAGGCCGUCUCGCGCUUUCUGCACAUCGGAUCAGCCCGAAAGCAGCACGGGCACGGGAAGUGGCUAAGCAUGUUCGCUCCUGUGCGGGUCGAGCUGCUGCAGGUGGAGGACAUUUGGGAAGGACGGCUGCGCAGGUCGACCGGGCCCUACAGCUCUGGAUUCGAUGUUUUCCUGGUGCCGGGUGGGUCAGCCCAGGCAGACUGGCGAACGUUGGAAUCAGAGGGUCGCGAGGCCAUACAUCGUUUCGUGCAGAGCGGUGGGGGCUACUGCGGCAUCUGCGCUGGCGCCUUCCUUGCGCAUCGCCUCAGGCUACUGGAUGCGCUGAAGAAGCCCGCGCACCAAGGGAAGGAAAGGACGCUGAGCGAAGGAGAAUCAGGUGACGAGCUCGACGAGCCACAAGUAGCUCCACACGUUCCACAAGCGAAGGCGAGCCGCGAUCCAUUUAUGGUAAAUGUGCAUUUCACCAAGAGAGGCAAGAGGCUAUUGUGGACCGAGGGUCCGGGGCCUCCCAGUGGCGAAGACGAGCUGCACAACGGGACUGUUCGUAUGCGCUACCACAACGGGCCUUUGCUCAGAGUGCUGAAGGCGUCUCCGGCGGAAGCGCUAUGCAGCAUGACGAGCGACGCCACAGCAGCCUUGAAUGGAUGUGCAGCAGUGGUCAUGCAAAACUCUGGUGGUGGACGCGUGCUCGCGAUUUCGCCACACCCAGAGUCGACGCAGGAUGGGCUGCUUCUGCCACAGCCUGGCAAGGAGCGAUUGCGCCGUGUGCUUCAACGAGCCGUGCUUCUUGCGGCCGCCGGGCCAGCCGCACAUAGUUGGCUUGAGGCGGAACUGCACAUUCCGGCAAAAUGCUGA